UUGAAAGUUGCUUGGUCUGAAAAAAAAUUUUUUGCGGCCCUAUGCUGCUCAACGGAGCAAAAAGGAAUAAACUAAACUCUCAAAAUGGCCGACAGAUUAACGCAGUUACAGGACGCUGUGAACCAACAAGCAGAGAAUUUCUGCAACAGUAUUGGUAUUCUACAACAGUAUGCCACCCCAAGUCCUUUUCCUGGGUUUGAAAAACCAGGUGGAAAACCAGCUGUUCAAGAACCAUCAGAAGAUUAUGCUGCCUUGUUUGCAAAACUUGUUGCGAGGACGGCUAAAGAUAUUGAUGUCUUGAUUGAUUCACUUCCAAGUGAGGAGUCAUCUUUAGAUCUACAGCUGCAAAGCCUACAGAGAUUGGAGCAAGAGAAUCAAGAGUCAGCACAAAAAUUGAAAGAAGUUGUAUGCAAAGGGGAAGAGCUUAUGGCACAGAUUCAGCAAGCACUUCAAGACAUUGCUCAGGCCCAGCUGCAGAGUCAAGCCUUGGAAAGCUCCAUUUCAUCUUAGUACACAUUUGUCACAAUUGUCAUAAAGGCACAGUUGCAGUUAUUGUUAUCAAGUGUCAAGGAGAAAUUGGUGAGGAAGAAAGGGUAACCAUUUCAUCUGUUGGGGAACAACGCCAGGAUAUUCUGUCUCUGUCUCCGGGCUUGCAGUCACAUUUAGACAGUGAAGAGUACCAUGUCAAGCCAGGAAAAUGCUGCCUGUAUCGAAUGUAUUGUGUGACUUUAUUAGGAGAUUGGAGAGGAGACCUUGUACAGAAGAAAGUUUUCUGCCUUUAGGAAAUUAUUUAAAAUAUCUACAUGAGCAGAAAGUAAUCGUGCGGACAUGUGCAAAACAUAUUGGCAGGACUUUUAAACCAAGUGUGUUCUGUCAUCUUUGUAAAUAAGUUUGUAGCUGCAUUUAGCUGCAUUUAAUGUAUUGAAUAUUCAUGGGCAAAUAUUUGAUUCUUUAUAUGUUCUCACUUGGCCUGAAAAGAUCUCCAACAGCAGCCUGUGGAAAAGAACCAACCAGAAUGCCACUAGCCAAGACACCAAAAAGCGCAAAUGGGGCUGGAUAGGACACACCCUGCGCAAACCAGCUGACACCAUUG